AUGCAUUUCAUUAUUCUAUCUUCUUUCUUACGUUUUGUUACAUCCUUCCUUCCUUCCUUCCUUCCUUUUUUCCUUCCUAAUAGUUCUCACAUGUUUCUCCUUUUUUUUUUCAGGUUCCUUCAUUUUUAUAAAUUCGAACUGAUUACUUUUUUCUUUUUCGCUUUCUUUUUCGAUUUUUUUUUUCGCUUUCUUUUCUCAUUAAUUUCUUGUUGUUGUUGUUGUUCUUCUUCUUCUUCUUCUUCUUCUUCUUCUUCUUCUUCUUCUUCUUCUUUUUAUUCUCCUCCUCCUCCAACUUCUUCUUCUUCUUCUCUACCUCAUCCUCCUUCUUAUUCUUCUUUUUAUUCUCCUCCUCCUCCACUUUCUUCUUCUUCUCUACCUCAUCCUCCUUCUCCUUCUUCUUUUUAUUCUCCUCCUCCUCCACCUUCUUCUUCUUCUCUACCUCAUCCUCCUUCUCUUUCUUCUUUUUAUUCUCCUCCUCCUCCACCUUCUUCUUCUUCUCUACCUCAUCCUCCUUCUUCUUUUUCUUUUUAUUCUCCUCCUCCUCCACUUUCUUCUUCUUCUCUACCUCAUCCUCCUUCUUCUUCUUCUUCUUUUUAUUCUCCUCCUCCUCCACCUUCUUCUUCUUCUUCUCUACCUCAUCCUCCUUCUUCUUCUUCUUUUUAUUCUCCUCCUCCUCCUCCACCUUCUUCUUCUUCUUCUCUACCUCAUCCUCCUUCUUCUUCUUCUUUUUAUUCUCCUCCUCCUCCACCUUCUUCUUCUUCUUCUCUACCUCAUCCUCCUUCUUCUUUUUCUUUUUAUUCUCCUCCUCCUCCACCUUCUUCUUCUUCUUCUUCUUCUUCUGUUGCUAUUAAUAAUAUGACUAUUUCUAUAUCAUUGUUCUUUACUUCUUAUUUUCGUUGUCUUUCUUUUUUCUCUCUCAUUCUCUUUCCUUUCGCUUAUUUUCCACUUUUGGGCCUCUUUCAUUUAUUUUUUCCCUCUCCUCGAUCAGUAUUCCUCCUUUUCUAUCAACUAUCACUUAUUCCUCUCUAUUUCCAUACGUUCUCACCUUUAGUCUACAUUUCCAUCUUAUUCUCUCUUCCUUUACCACGUUUUCUUUACCAUUUCCCCCCCCCACCGUUUACUUAUCGUGUUUGUUUUCUCCAUUUCUCUUCCGUCGAUUUCUUCCCGUUCCGACUUCAGACGAUUCUUUUCUUCCUGCUAUCAAUAAGUUGA